AUGUCCACCGAAUCUGCCCUUUCAUACGCUGCCAUCAUCCUUGCUGACUCUGAUGUCGAAAUCAACCCUGAAAACCUUCUGAAACUGACCUCUGGUGCCAACAUCGAGAUCGACAACAUCUGGGCUUCCAUCUACGCUAAGGCUCUUGAUGGCCAGGACUUGAAGUCUCUCUUGACCAACUUCAACAUCAGCGCCGCUCCUGCUGCUGCUGCUGCUCCAGGUGCUACUAGUGGUGGUGCCGCUGACGCUGCUGCUGAGGAGGAGAAGGAGGCCUCUGCUGCUGAGGAAGAGGAAGACGACGACAUGGGAUUCGGUUUGUUUGACUAA